GAUUUUUUGGUCGAGUUUUCUUCGGCGGCCGAUGCUGACAGGGUUCUGCACGCUCCUCAUCCCCCGGAUGCUCAGUUGAUUGAGUUCCGGGGUAUCCCUGCUCAUGCUAGGAACAUUUCAACUGCCAGAAUCAUUCUUGACACCUCUUUCUCUGAUCUGGUGGAGGCACCACCUGAUUUGGUCGGGGACGAUAAGAAGACAUUCUUUGUCUGCGCCUGGUGCAUCCACCCUGACCUUGUGGCACAGGAGAAAGUUAUCUUCAUCCAGGAACCACCAGAGCAGUAUGUGGAAUCAGGGCUGUAAUUACGCCCCCAUGAGAUCAUUCACUCGAAGCAUGAUGGCCUAUGGUACCGAGUUGAUAUCCGCAUUGUGGAAGUACAGGACUGGAAUUGGCCUAGUGAUUCUUCUGAUGAUGGAACACCCCUCGAUAAUUUCGAUAGUGACGAAGAUGAAUACCCUGGUUUUGAGCAGAGAUGUCGAUCAAAACCAUGGCCGAAAAGAACAAGGUUUGAUGAUGGCGCUGGAUCUAGCAGCGAUCCGUAGCUGGGGCCAGGUUGGGGGCCGCCUUUCAAGUUCAAGGAUCAAACGCUCCAGUCGCGUCCGGGGGCGGAUUGCGGAGCGAGGUGGUCGUCCGUCAGGUGUGCUGUUCCUGGACGGACGCUUCCAGGUCUAUUCUGGCGAUGCUCCCUGUGUAGGUCUAAUGGAAUGUCCAUUGCUUCAGCCACUGGAGUUGCUGCUUCGUUUUGGUCGGUGCUUGCCGGUGCGCCGCCCUGUUCCUGCGGGACGCCGGGAUCGUUGUGUUUCGGGGAACCCUGAUCCCUCUGUGUCUGACCUUGCUGCUCUGCAUCUUAACUUUUCCCCUUUGUGCCCCAAUCUGAAAUCUUUUGAUCCCAUGGAAUUUGAAUCAAGGGGAUGCAGAGGUAUUCCUGCUAACUGCAUUAACCUGGUGGAUCAGGUUGGGUACACAAUUCGCGCCCACCCUAUGUUGGGCGAGGAUACCUGGGAUCCUUUGUGUCUGGAGGCGGCUUUGGAGCCUCCUGUGCCAUUGCUGGCCUGCUCCUUAGAUACCCAGGUUGUUGACUCGUUGGCACACUUGGAGAACACGGUCGCUCUUGAAUCUGUACGAUUCAGUUUAUCCCCCAAUUCUGGAGUCGCACAAGAUGUUGAGGGAGGCUCCCCCGCCGGUGCUGGUCGCAUCGUCGCCAAGACGGCGCACUCGGCAUCAGCCGCAGGACUUCACAAUUCGGCGCAGCGAGCGAUUGGCAAAGAAAUCGCACCGCCGUGCUACAAACCCGGCGGUGUAGGCACAGAACGUGAUGAUGAAGAAACUGGGUAUCACUUCGACACCCAACCUCCGGAUGCUUCCUCAUUUCAACAGUUUACGGAAACAUUUUCUUCCAACCUCACCCCGUCGCAAUGUGAAGCUCUAGAUGCCCUGCUGCAGACUUGGAUGGGUGCCUUGGCAAACUGGAGGGUCGACACCUAUUCCGGUGUCUUGAGGUCUUUACUGGUCGUUCUCUUUUGGUCGCAAAAUCAGUUUCCCAUGUUACGUGAAAAUUGUCUAGUUUGGAAUGUUAGGGGCCUUAAUUCCAAGGCACAUCGCAAUGUCGUUCGUGAGUUGGUCGCUCAGGAGAACAUCUCCUUGUUAUCCCUGCAAGAGACUAAACUUGAGGUGUGCCCGCAUGGCUUAAUUCUGGAAAUGUGUGGGACGGGGUUCAAUUAUUUUUUCUUGCCUGCAACUAACACAUGCGGAGAAUGA